CCAACAGGAACGCUAUCCGCGGAGAAAUCGUUCAACUACAAGCUCGAGAGAAGCGGCUACAGAUUUCAAGUUGAAGCUAAAGACGAAAGCUCUCCCAAACCGUCACCUGCGUCGGUGACAGUACUAAUUACAAAUGAAGAUGGACCACCAAUCUUCACGAAGAGGAACUAUGACGUUACAACAGUGGAAAACGUGGCUUCGGGAACCAUACUUCUUGCAAGUGGUGACAGCGGUGGCGAAGGAGCGUUUCGCUUCUCUGUCGAAGAAGACAAAUCUUCAUCUGAUUUUGAAUGUACUUUGGAUGAUAUCAAAACAACAGACAUACUUGAUCACUUUCGAGUCUCUCGUGUCGGCUGGGAAUGCCAAUUAGCAGUGAUUAAAAAUUUCAUUCAGAUUUCCACCCGAGAAUUUAAAUUCCAAGUGCGCGUGGCCAACAUCUUGCAGCGAAAUCUAUUCGGUACAGCUGGCGUGACAGUCAAAGUGACAGAUACGGAUGACCACCUUCCUGAGUUCACGCAAUCCUCGUAUUGGGUGUCUGUCGCCAGCGAUACUCCCUCGGGUACUAGUCUGUUACAAGUUACAGCUACCGACAAGGAUAACCCAGGGAAAACUGACUUCGUGUAUGACCUUCUGCCUAAAGAAAGAUUUCAAAUAAACAGCCAAGGCAUUGUUAGUACCACGUCAACCACGUUGCCUGAAAACAGAAUUUUCAACUUGAAAGUCACGGCUAAAGAAACAGGGAACAACAAAGUAAAAGAGAUCGAAGUGCCUCUUAAAAUCUCAGUGCACAGUACACCGUUUGUUGCAGUAGAAUUUAGCAGCCCUGGUUACCGCGCGUCUCUUCCCGAAGACUCUCCCGUGGACGACUCCACCGUGUUCACCGCCAGCGCCUCGCGCCCUGGUUCAGACGCUGGGACUCUAGAAUACUCUAUAGUGGGUGGCAAUUUUGAUACCACCUUUAAAAUUAAUUCGGCCAACGGCAAAGUUACCUUAGCAAAGAGCCUUGACUACGAAACUGUGGAGAGCUUCAAGUUGAUUAUCCGGGCAACUUUCAAGUUUUCUGAUGGAAGUUCCCCGGAUGUUACAGCCGAGACAGAAGGCGUGGUUACUGUAAAAGACACUAAUGAUAAUAGUCCCAGGUUCCUUGUUUACCAGUCCCCAACUAAGAUUGCUGUUGAGAGCUAUACACCAAGCGGGACUGAAGUUAUGCAGGUGAAAGCAACAGAUAAGGACACAGGAACCUCAGGCUCGGUGACGUACAGUAUUUACAAGCCAGGAAGUGUUCCCACCAUUAACAUUCCAUUCUCGAUCGAUCUGAAUACGGGCGUUAUCAGAACCAACAGAGAAAUCAUAUUUUCAGAGCGAAACAGCUACUCCUUGGUGGUGAGAGCUAAAGAUGGAGGCGGAAGGAUCAGUGCAACGGCUAUUGACAUACGAGUCCUAGACAUCAGCAGACCCCCAACAUUCAGGCAAGAUGAAUACGUCAAAACCAUCAGUGAGAACAGCAAGGUUGGUACCAGUGUCAUCGACGUCUCAGCAGUGUAUGAUGACUCUACUGCCCUCUUAAAGUAUUCCUUCAUCAAAGGCAACUCACAAAACAUGUUCUGCAUCGAUUACCUGGGCAUAAUAAGUGUGGCCCAGCCCCUGGAUCGCGAGAAGGUGCCUUCGUACGAGCUCUUGGUUAUGGUGUCCCUUGAUAACAAGAACGAUACUACCGUUGUCAAGGUUACCUUGAGGGACGCUAAUGAUCAUGCACCUUCCUUUGGGAAGUCCAUUGUUGAAAUGGAGAUUCCGGAAAACCAAGCCGUCGGCUCCAACUUGAAACUACUGACAGCCACUGACCAGGAUAAGGGCGAGAAUGGCCGGGUGACAUACUCCAUUCUACAGACUGUUAGGAGUGACAGCACUGAUCUUUUUGCAGUAGACGCCAACACCGGCAUGGUCACUCUCGAGAAAUCCUUGGAUCGCGAAAAGGCCGCCAAACAUAUUCUGUUUAUUAUGGCGCAAGACAACGCAACUCCUCAGUUAAGUGAUUCAAUAUCGUUCGUAUUUUCAGAUAUGGUCAAGCUGAUUAUCAGAGUCACGGAUGUUAACGAUAACCUACCAAGGUUCUCGACUUCUUCCUAUCAAGCCUCGAUACCAGCAGACGCUAAACAGGGAGAUCACGUGGUCCAGCUGUCGGCAACAGACCUGGACAGUGGCCUUAACGGCCUGAUAUACUACAGUAUCACAAAAGGCGAUAAGGACGGUAUUUUUGCGAUCAACAGUGCCAACGGACGUAUCAGCCUGGGCAGUAAGUCACUUGCGUCCGCCGCGCAAGACAAGUUUACUUUAACUGUGGAAGCCUACGACGAAAACGAUCGAAAUAAAAAAGAUGAGGCUCAAGUGCUGGUGAAUGUUUUCCCUCCCGACGGACCCCCAAAGUACCCAGAUCCUUCGCUGAGUUUCGAUGUCGAUGAGGGAAUUCCUGCCUGCCGUGCAUUUCUGUCUGUGGCUGCAGCAACCACAGAGUUUCUCAGGUAUCAAAUACUGUCAGGAAACGAGGAUGGCGUUAUUAAAAUUGAUUCUUCCUCCGGCGAUUUAGUGACAGCGGGGGAGCUGGAUCGCGAGAAGUCUUCUCAGUACAAGCUGCAAGUGAUAGCUCGGGACAUCAAGGGCCGAACUGCGGAAGCAAAUGUUACCAUCAACGUUAAAGACAUCAAUGACAACGAUCCAUUUUUCAUCGAUUAUAUAGACUCUACCGACAAAUUAAUGGAAUAUAGAGUGCAAGCAGGAAUCCUUGAAGGUGAAGAGGUGACUCGAAUAGAAGCGGACGAUCUCGAUGACGAGGCUUUCUUGGAAUACAAGCUGUCUACUGAGGGGGAGGCGUUCUUUACUAUUGACACCCAGGCCGUUCUUCGCGCUAAGAGAACAUUGAAAGACAGUGUUCCAGGCAAGCGGUCUACUGAUCCUCUGUCGUCACUCUCAUUUGAGGUGACAGCUACUGAUAGUGCCACUCCCCCGAAUUCUGUAACAGCACCUGUACGUCUAGCAUUUGCUAGGUACCAAGCAGGUCAAGAGGCCCUGGCCGUGAGGGUGCGAGAAGACACGCCUGAGGGCAAAGUGAUAGCCGUGGUUCCCAGAUACAUUCCUGGAGGAAAGAUGUCGAUUUUGUAUCCGGAGAAAACCUAUUUCACUGUGGACGAAGACGGAAAAGUUCGACUUGCGAAAGAGGUUGAUUUCGAAGCUCGAACUACGCACGCUUUGACAGUUCGGGAAGAAGGUUUUGCGUCGACGGGUCCGAUCGUCAACGACAUUGACUUAGAAUUAUCCGUCGUAGACGUAAACGAUAAUAACCCCAGGUUUGAAAUGCGGCGAAGACACGGGAGAGUUAAUAAAAACUCACGGGUAGGUGUUGUGGUGCUCCAACUGCAAGUUUCUGACCCAGACUCCGGUCCAAAUGGACUUGCAGGUUAUCAGCUAAUGACUGCUAACACUCCUUUCGGUAUCAACCCGGAGGACGAUACUAUUGUAGUUGGCAAUCCUCCUCUUACGCAAUCUCAAUUCGACCUAGAGUUACGUCCGUUCGAUUUUGGGAUACCUCGACGCGAGAACUUACCUGUUAAAGUGCGAGUGGAUGUAAGCCAGUCUCCUCCGACAUUUAUUGACUUCGACGAUGAUGGUUACAGGUUUGAGGUGCCAGAGGACGCCAAAGUUGGAACAACAAUAGGAAAAGUCGAAGCUGUGAGUGCCUCAGGAAGCAGAGUGGGAUACACCAUUGUGAAAGGUGACCCGGAUAAAAAAUUCAAAAUCACUGGUAACGGUGAGGUAAGGCUGAACUCUCUCCUGGACUACGAAACGCAAGCGAUGAAAUAUGAGUUGCUGGUGCAAGCAGUAGAGUUGAUAACCACGGGUCUCUCCUCCAGAGUGAAAGUAAAAGUCUCUGUGCUGAAUGCUAAUGAUUAUUACCCUGUGUUUGAAAGGGGAGAUUACGCAAGGACAAUAGCAGAGGAUUGGCCUAUAGGAAGCCCCAUAUUGACAGUACGUGCAACAGAUGGUGACUGUGGUCAGGACGGUAGCUGUCCACAAGAGCACCUGGAGUACUCCGUCCAAAAAACCGAGAUGUUUACCGUUAAUCCAGAAACUGGCGUUAUAUCGCCGGCUAGGUCUUUAGAUUUCGAAAGCCAGCAGAUUCACAUCUUUCAAGUGCAGGUUUCUGAUACUUUGGGAAAUGUGACGCAUGUCGCCCUGGCGUAUGUCAACAUAACUGUGACUAACUCGAAUGACAAUCCGCCCCAGUUUGAAAAUUCAGAGUACAGGUUUUCUGUCUACGAAGAUGCACCAGACGGAACUGGAAUAGGAGCAGUUGUGGCCGAAGACGCUGACCAUGUUGACAUUAGCUAUUCGAUCAUUGCCGGGAGCGGUCCUUUUCAAGUAGGUUCCAAGACAGGGAUUAUAUCCGUCAGGCAAAGUAUUCCAAGCACCCCUUGGGAGUACACUUACACCAUCCGAGCGAGCGAUCCGGAUGGGAGCUAUAGCGACACCAGAGUUAUCAUUUACAUCAAGGACGAGAACAACAACCGCCCAGUGUUUGAAAAGUGCGAGGAUUCCAAAGUUAGAGAGAAUCUUCCUCCCGGACAGCUGGUGACUCAGGUUCUGGCUACCGACAAGGAUCGAGGUAAAAACGGAGAGGUGGAAUACAGUAUCGUGAACGCCGACCAGAGAUCUUUUUUUGAUAUUGAUAAUUCCACCGGCGAAUUAACAAGUACCGUGGAAUUUGAUCGCGAAAAGAGACCUGAAUACAGGAUUGUUAUCGCAGCUGAGGACGGUGGUCAUGGGCGCCCAGCAAAGGAACGACUUCUCAGAUAUUGCGUUCUGAAAGUAACAAUCGAAGAUGUAAAUGACAACUAUCCUUACUUCAGUAUUAAAACGUACACGGGGAGUGUUUUACGGAACGCUGUAGUAGGGACUUCCAUCAUGACUGUCCACGCAUUAGAUCCCGAUUCUGGUGAGAACCGAAAAGUGGAAUACCACUUGAACCCUGACGAUCUACUCAAGAUCUCUGACCGGGGUGUCAUAUCGACCAAAGUAUCGUUGCAGUCUUUUACAGGAACAAUGAUAACUUCGUCGGUCGUCGCGUCAAAUACGGAGCCUAUGACUGUGGGUGAUGUAGAUCCUGAAUUGCGCAGUGCAACGAUUGAGAUCUACAUUUCGGAUCUGCAGCCUCCUAAGUUUACCAAGCAAAUAUACACCACAACGCUCACCGAAAAUACACCUACAGCUCUCGUUCUCCGGCCGCUGGUCAAGGGGAACGAAGACUCUGGGAACGAGAUUGAUCCUAGGCUGACAUGUGGCAAUUCACCUUACUUUCUACUUUCGUCACUUCACUACAUAAUUUGUGCUCUAUUGUCAGGUACCAGCAUCCUUCAAAUCAAAGCCGUUUCCCAGAACCAGGUGAGCUACCAGGUUUUAUCUGACAACCGGAAAGUUCAAAAAGACCGAGAGUACUUCAACAUCCACCCGAACACUGGAGUGAUUACAACUGGCGGUAAGGCUAUAGAUUACGAAGAACACUCGGUAUUCCGAAUGCAGUUUCUCGCUAAAGACACCAUCACUGACCUUAUUUCCACGUGUCUCGUGCUAAUAAAUGUGACAGAUGUCAACGACAACUCGCCUAUUUUCGGGGCUGCUUGGUACGAGGGCAGAGUUCUUGAGAAUUCUCCCCCAAACACUGAAGUCCUUCGCAUUCAAGCCCACGAUGUAGACACAGGAGAUGGUGGAAAAGUUACAUACUCCAUUGACCCAUUUAGUCCGUAUUUCACCGUCGAUCGCGACACUGGAGUUAUAAGAACCACUCAGCUCUUUGACCGAGAGACUAAAGACCAAGAACGGUUUUUGAUUACCUGUGUAGCUCGUGAUAACGGAGUUUCCCCGAAUAAAAGAGGAGUCUCUAUCGAAAUCAUAGUAGUUGACGACAACGAUAAUGGCCCGAAGUUCGAGCCAACUGACUACUCGCUCACUGUUAAGGAAAACGUCCCUGUGGGCAAAGUUGUAUACGAGUUCACUGUAAAAGACAGUGACUUCGGUGUCAACACGAAGACGGAAUUUUACAUCUCCGAUGGAAAUCAAGCUCACGCGUUUCACUUGACGACUGGGGGAAAGCUUGUUGUGGACAACAAGUUAGACUAUGAAACGACCAAGGAAUACAAACUGAAGAUCAUUGCUACGGACGGCAGGAGGAAUAGUCCAUCGCCGGCAAACGUGAUCAUCAAAGUCCUUGACGUCGACGACAAUGCCCCGGUGUUUACUCAGCUCCGGUAUGACGCAUCUGUAGUGGAAGGUACUCCCGCGAACAAGCUCGUGCUCAGUGUAACCGCCACAGAUGUAGACACCCCUUCAAAUAGCAUCUCCUACUCGUUAGACGAACUGGAUGACAUGUAUUUCACGAUUGGAACGAAGACUGGAGAGUUAAGAACAAGUCAAAUACUACUCGAUAGAGAGAAAACUCCCGUGUUGUAUUUCGAUGUUAAAGCGUCUGAUGGGGAAGAAAGGACUGGAGUGGCUGGAAUUAAGGUGAGGUUAUCAUGGUCGAACUUCAAAUGUUUAUUUUGUUAUACUUUCCUUCAGAUUGUGGUACUCGAUAUCAACGACGAAGCGCCAUACUUUCCAAAUCCACCCUACAUCGGUACAAUUGAAGAAAACAAGCCACCGGGCACAAGUGUGAUCGUGGUACAGGCUGUUGACGAGGAUGACCCGAGUGCGGGUGGCGGGCACACCGACCUAACCUACUCCUUGGAUGACGAUAGUAAUGGUCGAUUUGUAAUUGACGAAGAUUCUGGCCUCAUUACCAACACCAUGACCUUUGACAGGGAAGGCAAGUCCAACGAGUACAACAUCACCGUUAGGGCGACAGAUAAAGCAGUAAACCCACUUAGUGGAACAACGCUCGUCACUAUUAGAGUAGAAGACGCAAACGAUCACAGGCCAAAGUUUAAUCCCCUGGAGUACAGGGCAUCUGUUCCUGAAAAUGCAUAUCCUGCAUUCUUCGUCACAAAAGUAAAUGCUUCGGACGAAGAUAUUGGUUACAACGCUCGGUUAGAAUUUACGAUCGUUUCCGGAAACGAACCUUACGCAUUUUACAUCAAACCUGCUACUGGCGAGAUUUUGGUUUCAGGGGAGUUAGACUAUGAAACAAUACCGAGUUACACCCUGAAAAUAAAUGUAUCGGACCAAGGCAUGCCUCAGCAGACCUCUUUGGAGCUUGCGACGGUGUUGAUCACCAUACUUGACGCAAAUGAUCAUCCCCCGGUGUUUCAGCCGGAUGAGUACACCAUUUCUGUUAAAGAAGACGUGGCCAUUGGAACUUCUUUGUUAAGCCUAGUAACUACAGAUAUCGAUCAGGGCAUUCAAACGAGGCUCUGGUUUACCGUGCUGUUUGGAGACCCUGCCAAUAUCUUUGAUGUCAGGCCGGAUCCGAAUAAUUCUAGUGUGGGAAUCUUGUAUACAACAGCCAGACUGGAUCGAGAGGCCGUUGAUGGUUAUAUAUUAGAGAUACAAGCGGAAGAUGCAGACGGUCUCUUUGCCACUUGCGUCGUGACAGUAACAGUACUAGAUGUUAACGACAACGGACCGCAUUUUGUCCCGCCUCUUUACUUAGGAAGUAUUGUGGAAAAGGUUAAGGCACCGCAGUUUGUUGUUAAACUCAAUGCCUAUGACCCUGAUGAACCGUGGAACGGACCCCCGUUUGAUUACAAGAUACUCAAUGGCACUGUCAACGGGAAUUUCUACAUAGAGCCUAGUUCUAAGACCAGCACCACGGCGGAAAUCUAUUCCUCAGAGAGAUACGAGUUCAGUUACGAAAUCAAGCGUGAAUGGAAGCUUUGGGUGCAAGUAACGGACAGUGGUAACCCGGCCAUGAGCAAUAUUACCGUGGUUUACAUAGUGGUUAAAGACUCCGAGAACAACAACGAACCUUUCAAUGCCACGAUGACGAUUAUUUUGAACGCCUUUCACGGACGUUUUGAAGGCGGUGACAUAGGAAAGGUUUACUAUAAAGACAACGACUUUGAAGUGGACGAAAAUGGCUACAAGAUUCUGACCCAAAACCCAGGAGUUUACUUCAAUAUCGACGCAAACACUGGUCAUUUAUCAGCGCAAAGAGACAUCCCAAUGGGUACCUAUGGGCUUUUUGUUCACAUAAAAGAAAAAAACAGAAAGGGUGCAUCGAAGCUUAAGGAUGCGUAUUCUGGAGUAAACGUCAUUGUUCGGAAUAUCUCAGAGACGACUGUGUCUAUGAGUACCACAGUGCAGUUUGUGAACAUCCACGAAGAAGCUAUUCUUGUUGGUGAUUACUAUUCUAGACUCCAAGAAACCUUGGAGGAGAUUUUCAUAUAUCAAGCAGACGGCGACGUCGUGUUCCCGUACGAUGUUUUUAUCUUCAGCAUUCAAACAGAUUUAGAGAAUCCCCAAGCUAUCAACGUGCAGUUUGCAGUGGAGUACAUGCCCUCGACAGAGGUCCUGGUGAUUCUGAAUGAAAAGGGAGCUUCCCUUGAAAAAAUCGGUUUAACCAUUGGAGCGUUAGGUAUUGACAGUUGCGCUAAGGAAACCAACAAAACUGGUGUUUGCCAGAACGUAGUGAAGGCUUACAACACAUUCACAGUUAUCAGCGGUGAUUACGGUCAAUUUCCUGCGCCAGACAACUCGUUAACGUUUGUGUCCAUCGACGUCCAGCUUGGAGCGGAGUACUCGCCGAUCUUCAAGAGUCAGAUCAUGAGUAAAAAAAGAUGCGCGGACAAACCAUGCCUGAAUGAUGGGAUAUGCCAUGACGUAAAGCCAGACGGUAAGUGUUGUUUAUAUCAAUCCACUUGCAAAACCCAACAUAUCGCUCAAGGGUGAUUGUUACACCUCCCAACGCAAAUACGCUUUCCGAUUGGAAGUGAACGUGUCACGUGUCAUGGCCGGAUCAAAACUCACUUACUCCCUAGCGCGAACAAACCUCACUAACUCCCUAGGGAAACAACAACUUGAACUUUGGACUUGCACGUGAUCAGGUCGUGCACCUUGAAGACGCGGCAAAUUUGUUAGCCAGCCGGCUCUAGCAAUUUAUUUUUUCGCAGUUGUUUUCCUAUUUUUGAAUUGGGAAAACAAAACACUUAAACCGGGUUCCCACUUGUGAGGUAAGCACAACACAAGUGAAAUAAGCAUAGGCGCAAGCACAAGAAAAAAGGAACG